AUGUGCAUGAGUGUGCACCUCAUGCACACUCAUGCUCCAGUGUGCAUGAGGGGCUCCAGUGUGCCCAUCAUGCAGUUAUGUGUCCCCAUCUUGGUGCCUGCACGUUGGCGUUACCCCAACGUGCAGGCACUCCAGAAAGGGGGCUCCAGUGUGCUCCUCAUGCACACUGGAGUGCAUGAGGUUCAGGGUUCUGACCGUUGUCUGUCCUUAUGGGCCAAACAACAGUUCAGAUUACCCACCCUUUUUGGUUACGAUCUUUGGACGCAAGGAUCAAAGACAUCUCUCCAACCUGGAGUCUUGGAGCAGAAGGUUGACUACCUUCUGCCACAAGCAGACCUGUGGCCCAACUUUGCUCUGGAGUCUCAAGGAGCAAAUAUUUUACACAAGAUGACCUCAGAGGCUUAUGACAUCAAUAAAGAAGUUGGAAGGUUUGGGAAAUUGUUCAAGAGACCUCCUAUUGGCCCAGGCAUUGUUAUUAAGGGAAAAAAUCGUCUGCAACCUGGAAAAUGCUGGGCCUUUCCAGGUUUCCAGGGACGUUUGGGCGUCUCACUUUCACACCCAGCCACCAUCAGACAUGUGUCCCUGGGUCACAUUGCUAAGACUGUGUCCCCAACGUCCUCUGUCUCUAGUGCUCCCAAAGAAUUUUCUGUAUAUGGAAAGAAGAAUUUAGAAGAUGAGGAAACUCAUUUGGGAACUUUCCAAUACGAUGAAGAUGGAGACCAAAUACAGACCUUCAAACUUCCUGCCGAUAAAGUUGGUUCCUUCCGUCAUGUGACUCUAAAGGUGAACAGCAACUGGGGUCAUCCGGACUACACCUGCCUCUAUAACUUUAGAGUGCAUGGAGAAAUUGCAAAAUGACGAGGAGAAAUGGAUGACAUAUGGAGAAAACUAUUUUUUUACCCUUUGAUAUAUCUCUUUUGUAUAUGUUUACACAAUUAAUUUUAAUUCCUCACAAAAAGUCCUCACAGUCAACCGUAAGUAGCACAAUGGCACAGUUAGUAGCACUGUUACCUUUCAGAAAGAGGUUCAGACGUAAUAAAAGUGGGAUUUGUGGGUUUUCUCCGGGUGCUCCGGCUUCCUCCCUCAGACAUUUUAAAAUUGGCACGUGUGGGUUCUCUCUGGAAGCUCCGGCUUCCUCCCACAGAAAUAAUAAAAGUAGGAUUUGUGGGUUCUCUCUGGGUGCUCCGGCUUCCUCCCACAGAAAUAAUAAAAGUAGGAUUUGUGGGUUCUCUCUGGG